AUGGUUUCGACGACAACAUUGUAAACUAUCGUGGUUCAGAAAGUUGUUUGUGUUGUUGUUUUAUAUGUGGAGUAUUCACGUCGAUGGUUUUUCUCCCCACCCACACCCAGCACCAAUAAUCUAUUUAUUUUUUAUCUAGUCCAGUGCAUGACGCAAUAAAAUAAGAGCAAAAUGGACUCUUCAAAUCCUAAAAAAGCUAAUAAAGACUCGAACAUGGAUGAAAUUUCGGAAUUCGAUGAAUCGGAACUUGAAGAUCUUUAUUCUUGGAUAGAUGGCAUUCCAUUAUCUCGCCCAAAACGAAAUAUUGGAAGGGAUUUUUCUGAUGGAGUGCUAGUAGCAGAGUGUGUAAAGCAUUUCCUUCCAAAAUGGGUGGAAAUACACAACUACCCACCAGCAAAUUCCACAGAACAGAAAAUGCAAAACUGGUAUUUAUUAAACAGAAAGGUAUUCACCAAACUAAACUUCCAGUUGUCCGACGAUGUGAUUCGCUCCGUGUGUAAGUGUUCACCUGGAGUUAUUGAAAAGAUUCUGAUGCACCUCCGGAUCAAGAUCUCUCGGAAGAUGUGGGACACACAGAAGAAUCCGCCACCAGGGAAAGCGGGGCGGACCUCACAGAUGGUCAGCGACAAACCGGAGGCAGAUCAGAACAUUAACAUGCAUGCUGCUGGUCCCAUAUCUCCAGGUCGAUCACACAAGCUGCCAGAAGUUCCCACACAUGCUGGUCCAUAUAAAGGGACAAAGUCAAAAGCCUUCCCGGAUGCUGACAUGGUACCUAAAGUUCUUCUGGAAGACAAAGAACAAGAGCUUUUGGCAAAAGAAGAAACAAUACAGAUUUUAAAUGCGAAAAUCCGAAGGUUGGAACAUCUUCUCCAUUUGAAAGAUAUUCGAAUAGAUGACCUACAGAAGAGGGUGGAAUUCCAGAGACCAACAGGGAAGAAAAUAUGAGACCUGUACAGCUGGUCAUGGAAUUUUAAGUGCAACAAAAACCAACACGGGAAUAUGAGGAGAACCUGCCAUAAUCCUAUCAUUUCCCCAUGUUCCAGUGUUGAAUAUUUAACUAUUAAUCAAAAUAUAUGUCAUACAUCGGACAGCUAUCCGUAUAUCAUGCACAUGUAAAGGCAUUUCAGAUAACAUCUUUAUUUCUUGAUGAAAUCUUAUUUGUUUUCCUUCUAAAUCGGGGGCCCAUUUCACAAAACAUUGUAUCUUUACGUCUGCCAAUAGCAGUUAAACUGGUUAUAUGUUUACACAUGUUUGGCAUCUAUUUCAUGUUGCAAAUUAUAUCAUUAUGGAAAAUGGAGCAUUUUUAGGACAAGAGAAAAUUAAAUAUGUCCUUCAAACCAUAUUUGUUGUUAUGAUACAGAUGUCACAUGAGGUCCAAAUUAUAGGGCUAAGCCACUUCUCAAACUUUGAGAGGUCGAAGUUUUUAACAACACUUGAUGUUUUUUCAUUAAAUAAUGAUAAUAAUGAUGAUAAAAUAAAAGUUAUAUGUUUCAACAGUCAGUAGUGCAUUUUACUUUUAACAUCAGUCAUGGAUGUGGUCUGGACUAGACGAGCAUGAUUUUGUGGUGCCAUUGUCGCUUCGAUCACUCUGAUAUUUAACACUUAAUCAUUAUAUAUGAAUAGGUAUUCUGCAAGUUCUUCACCAUUCAUCCGCAAAUGUGGUAACUUUUUUUACAUGGUGACACUGAUGUUGCCUUAAGUUUAAUGCCAGGGCGAAGUUUAAGUUGAUCAAGGCGAAGUUUCAGCUCAUAAGGCCUGAUGUUAGAAGUAAUAAGAAUUGUGGUUUAGGGUUACAAUGUUUUGUGAAAUUGGGCUCCGAUAAGCACAGCUGCAUUCAAUACAUAGGCUUUGAUGUGAGCAUUCAUUCAACAUUAAGCACUAGAAUCAGUUUACCGAACAUUUUAUAAUGCCUCGAAGAACUCCUGACAAUGGGGCACAGUAUUACGCAAAUAUAAAUUAAUGUGAACCGCCUAUCGGUUACAUGGUGGACCACUAGUUUUUAAAAUGAACAACUGAAACUACAUUCAUUUAAAAAAAAUUCUAUACUGAUUUUGGACAAUUGAAAAAACAUUAUUUGCAAAAUCAGUUUUUUAAAACUACAUUUGGAAUGUUGAGUGUGGAAGAGAUUACUAAUAUAUGUGUGUUAUGAUUAGGUUAAAAACACAUCUAGUCUGAACCGAGUGUAUUCUGUAUACUCUACCUAUACAGGGUUUAUAAUGUAAUACAGUCAGAUCUUGUUAAAAUGACCGUUGUUACUAUGACUUUUACACAGUCCGACCAAAAAUCAUCGGGAGCAAACGUACAUCAAUGUUAUUCUGUUCAUUACACCAAUAUUUACACCUUCCAAAAAGUACAGAACAAGUUAAGAAAAAACAUCUAUAUGACUUCUGAAAAUACUUCUUUACAAUGACAUUACAUAAUCAAAGAUUGAAUGGGGCACUGCCAACUACCAGUGUGUGACCAAAAUUAGCAUUACAUUUGCCACUUGGCAUCCUUGAUCUCAUUGUCACCUGGAGUCAGAGUCACUAGUGUCUGCUAAAUUUGCAGACCUGUAUUGGUUUUGAAAAUAAGCCUUUAAUCCUUCAAUUAAACGUUUAUCUUCAAAUAAUUCUGUCUGUCUUCAUAUGAUCUGUAAAUCUGCAGGAUAUAAACAGAUAACCUACUAAACAAAGAUGUUUUUGACCAGUGAAUGUUUAAAACCAUAUUUCCGUAAAUCAUUAUGGCAAGGGAAAUAACUCAUGACAAAUUGACUACAAAGGUAAAUUCAAUAUAACAAAGUGACCUUGGAAUGAACAUGGUCAUUUUAACAAGGUCUGACUGUAUAUUUUAUUUUAUUUAGAAAUGACUUUACUGGUGUAGUGAAGCGAUGUUGUGGAUCCAUUCCAAACCUCUGCACUCUACAUAUAUUGCCCUCCAUAGGCAGAGGAUGCUAUUUUUGUUUGUGGGCAUUUUGUUUGAAUUGGUAUCCAAUUCCAUAGGUCUGCAGAGUUGUUGAAAUAAUACGCCAGACUUGCCUGACCUUGUAAAGACUCGUACAUGUAAAAUUUAGCAUUUCAGCUAAUCAUAAAAAAGGAACAAACUGACUGCCUCUGCCUACAGUUAAAGACGAUCGUAGAAAUAAAUUUAUUUUAUGUUAUUUCAGAAUUUAAUUGGCAGUUGGCAUAGAUAUAGCAGACUUAUUGACGUUUCAAAAUUGUAAUAAGAUGGUUAUUAGCUACUGUAAUAUGUUAAAAGCAUUUGUUAUAGUAGCCAUCAACUGUAUAAAUAUAUAUGUUUGAGUUUACAUGUGAUGAGACCACUGAAAAUAUUAAGAUUUCCAAAUCUCUGGAUUAUAAUGGAUAUCUGGGUUUCAGUCAAAGCUCUUGUUGGUGCCAGAAGAUGCUUGUAUGUUUGUAAAAGUAAAUUCUACAAUACAGAAUCAGUGAUGAUAAAUAAUACCCAGUGGCAGAUCCAGAAAAUCCAUUUUGGGGGUGGGGGGCCAGUGACAUGAGGCAGAAUGCCAAGGAAACUUUGGGGGAAGGUUUGGAGAGGGAUCGUAAAAAAAAAAUAUAUAUAAAUAAAAUUAUAACUCACGAAAUUUAGGGGGGAGCAGGGCCCCUGGGACCCCCCCCCCCCCCCCCCCAGAUCUGCCUCUGAUACCUUACAGAAUGACCAUUAAAAAUUGGUUCUCAAAGGAAUAAACUUUAAUGAAUCUUCUAUUUAUUAUCCAAUCUUUAAUUACAGAUUAAUUUGUCUACAGUUCUGCUAUGUGAAAUAUGGUAUCUGUUGAUAUAUCAGUUUAGUUUUGUUUAGUUACAGACCAAUACAUACAUUACCAUAACAUUUAAUUUACCAGCUAUUAAUAUUAAUGUUAUUACCGGUAUCUGCAGACAGCAGAUACGACAUCAUAUUUCAUUGACAGCAAAUUUCAGACAAUCGCAUAUUAUAUAAAAAGGCAUCGUCUUACUGGGAGGCAAAAGUAUAUAAGAGGGCAAAAAAAAAAACACCUUACAUUUUCGUUUUCCAGUAGUGAAAUCAAAAUUUCAGUUAUCAGACACGAAUACAGUAUGUAAAAUACAAAUGGUUAACUAGCACCAUGAUGAAUAUGUAUUUAGUUCCAGUAUUAUACAUGUAUGAAUAUAUUUUCUGUUAGAUGUGUUCUCUAUCCGUCCUAUUCACAAUGUCCCGUGUCUGUGAUAUUUUUAUUUUGUUUUGAUAUGCUUUUUAUUACCGGUACCACAAUAAAUUUUAUGAUAUUG